AUGUCUUUGACUUUUAUAAACUUGGAAGACAGUCCUGAUAAACCAAAACCAUUUGGCUUGGCAAGUGGAAUGAUAGAGGAUUUUUUACAUAAUCCAUUGGAAAUGUUAAGGACUCUGAAAUGUGAUAAAACAAGCGGCAGUUGGGAUUUAGGAAAAAUAAGAGAGAUUCUGAAUAAAAUAAAUGAUCUUGCCUUUUAAAAUAAUACUAGUCAUGAUUUAAUAAAACCACGGAAAAUAUCAUUAGAAAAUUAGAAUUUAAGUGAAUAAGUAGGUGACUUCGAUAAGCUCUACAGUUCGUUUAGGCUUUCUUAAAAAUAUGAUAAUAAAUCUGAAAGAAUUCAAUAAGUCAUUAAGGACUUCAAAAAUAGAGUGAUAUAUCGAUCGAUAAGGCCUUCAUCAGUGUAGCCCAUGAAAAUUGAGUAGCCUCAGAAGUGUAAACUAAUGAGCAAGGAGUUCGAAUAAAAAUUAAACACUAUCAAUGCAAAAUAUGGGAUGAAGGCAAGUCAAUUGACAGUAAAAAGUAAAUAUAUGAAUCAUUAUUCAUUAAAUACAAACAAUUAAUAAACAACGAACACUGAGUUCAUACGUCCUCAGACUACUUCAUGUUCAGCAAGAAAGACUUAUUCAUUUCGUAGAGAAAAAACCUAUGAUUUGGAUUAGAAAUUUUAAUACAGUGCUAGACCUAGCAGAGCAAGAGCUUAAUCGGGACAGUAGGUUUAGAAUUUUGAAUUAGAAAAAUAAAAUUAAUCUAUUAUUGCUAGGAUAAUGAAAAAAUCAGAGAGACGCUUGAAUUAAAAAGUGAAUCUAAAAAAAUAUGAUCUAGAAAAUCAUGAUAUCUAACCUACAUUCAUGUUGGAUGACAGUGAUUCCUAAACUAAAAGAUUGAUGAAAUGCAUUGAGUUCAAUCCACUGAAUUCAAUAUAAUAGGAAUAUCGAAACUUUAUGCCUAAUGAUGAGGAUUUCAUUGUGAAAUUAGGUUUUUAAUAACUACAAUCCAAAGAGAAGAGAUAGAAUCAAUUAAAAUAAAAGGUCUUUUACGCAAAAGCAUAAAGUAAUUACAUCCAAGACCCUGUUUGA